UCCUUGUUCAGAGUGCAGGAAGUUGAAAGUGAAAAUCACAACUCCACUGUAAUUGUUCCUCUUUUACCUUGUAAAUCACAUAUAGAUUAUUUAAAAAUGUUCAUUUCGACGGAUGAUGUUUCUCCUUCUUUUAAAGGCUUUACUUUGAUUAUGCCUGCCGUAUCUGUGGGAAAUGUGGGGCAGCUCGCUGUCGAUCUCAUCAUCUCCACACUGAAUAUGCCCAGAGUGGGACACAUCCAUACUGACUGUCUCAUUCCCAUGGCUGGAAACAACCCUUAUGCCAUAUCCACUGAUGAAGCUUUCCAGCUCAGCACCAAUGCAGAAGUAUACUCCCACAGUGACCUAAAACUGACUGUACUGCAGAUAAGAACACCCAUCGUCCAGACAAAGGUGAGUUCGUUCAGAAAGCUGAUGGUUUCCUGGAUCAAGAGCUGUGGAUUUCUCAGAACUGUGCUGCUGUCCAGCAGUCAUGCUUAUCAGAGAGAUGACCAACAGCUGUUUGGCACUCAUCUGCGGUAUCUGCUGACUCCGUCUCUGCAGAAAGAGGAAGGGCAGAGAGUGGGGGAGCUGGGCUGGAGAGAGAUGGAGAGAAUCAGUAUAUUGCCUGAUGUCUGUGAAUCAGAACAGCGCCUCUACAUUCCUGGAGGUGGAGUGACCAAAGCCCUUUAUACAGACUGCUGUACAGAGGACAUCUCUAUGGCAGUAUUGCUGAUCUUCUGUUCAGAAGGGGACAACAUCCCUGAUGCUUUCAUGCUCAUUAACCAUCUCAAUGACUGGCUCCAUCUGCUGGAGAAACCUACACAGGGGUCAGUGCAGUGGAAGGUCCCUCCAUCAUGGAGACUGCUGUUCGGCAGUGGUAUCCCGCCUCAACUCUUCUGAAGCACAGCUGAAAUAUCAGUGCAAGCUAGUAGACACACUUUAUGCAACUCUGUGCUGUGAUGAAACAGUGACUGCUUCAAACAUGAAUGGGAGAAAUCAUUGUGGACUGCUGCAGAACUGUUACAACUGCACAAAGCUCAGAAUACACAAAUAGUUUGUAAAUAAAAGAAAAGUAACACAA